CGUACUGGUCCCAGUAUGGGCAGUACUGGUGCCACAGCCCCCUAUUAGUCCCAGGACCACCAGUACAGGUGCUGGAGCUCCCAUACUGGUCCCAGUACCACCAGUAGAGGUGCCGGAACCCCCGUACUGGUCCCAGUAUGGGCAGUACCAGUGCUGGAGCCCCCGUACUGGUCCCAAUACCACCAGUACUGGUGCCAGAGCUCCUGUACUGGUCCCAGUACCACCAGUACUGGUGCCACAACCCCCUACUGGUCCCAAGACCACUAGUACUGGUGCCAGAGCUCCCAUACUGGUCCCAGUAUGGGCAGUACUGGUGCCAGAGCUCCUGUACUGGUCCUAGUACCACCAGUACACGUGCUGGAGCCCCCGUACUGGUCCCAGUACCACCAGUAGAGGUGCCGGAGCUCCCGUACUGGUCCCAGUACAGGCAGUACUGGUGCCGGAGCUCCCGUACUGGUCCCAGUAUGGGCAGUACUGGUGCCGGAGCUCCCGUACUGGUCCCAGUAUGGGCAGUACAGGUGCCGGAGCUCCCGUACUGGUCCCAGUACUGGCAGUACUGGUGCCGGAGCUCCCGUACUGGUCCCAGUAUGGGCAGUACUGGUGCCGGAGCUCCCGUACUGGUCCCAGUACCACCAGUAGAGGUGCUGGAACCACUGUACUGGUCCCAGUACCACCAGUACAGGUGCCAGGGCCCCCGUGCUGGUCCCAGUAUGAGCAGUACGGGUGCCGGAACCCACGUACUGGUCCCAGUAUGGGCAGUAAUGGUGCCGGAACCCCCGUACUGGUCCCAGUACUGCUAGUACUGGUGCCAGAGCCCCUGUACUGGUCCCAGUACGGGCAGUACUGGUGCC